AUGUUGAACAUUCCGCACAAGGACCCAUUUUUGCGAAAGUGUCCCAUUUUAGUCGUGGUUCUACAGAAAGAGAAACUUGAGGAGUUGGCUUCAGCUGAGGGAGUCGAUCUACUCUACGACUACUGCAUUCGUGAGAAGAAAACGUACGCAGAAGUUCUCACAGACUUUCCUAGCGUGGACGUGCAUUUGACGAUUCUGCUGCAGCUGAUUCCUCGUCAAAAGCCCCGAUCGUACUCCAUCUCAUCAUCGGCUUUGCUGCAUCCAGGACGCGUGCAUUUAACUGUGGCCAUUGUGGACUUCUUGACGCCAUACAAGCGUCGCCGUAGCGGCAUUUGCUCGUCCUUCUUCCUAUCUCUGGAUCCAUCCAAAGAGCAGAAGCGUGUGCCGAUGUGGAUUAAGAAGGGCCUCUUUGAGCCGCUGAGCUUAGAUCGUGACGUGCUACUCAUCGGUCCUGGCACAGGACUCGCCAGCAUGCGGGCUAUGGUGCAAGAGCGUCAAUUCCUGCGCAAGCAAGCAGAUAAAGACAGCAGCUCUGGAGCGGUGUACCUCUACUUCGGAUGCCGUCAUGAAAGCAAGGACUUUUUGUAUGGUGACGAGCUACGUGGCCUCGUGGCCUCAGGUGAUAUCACUGAGCUACACACCGCGUUCUCGCGUGAUCAGGACCACAAAAUUUACGUGCAGACGCGUCUAGCAGAAAACAAGGAGACCAUCUUCGAUUUUAUCAUGAACGGCGAGGGAUGCAUCUAUAUCGCCGGAUCCGCCAAGCGAAUGCCUACUGAUGUCUAUGAAGUGCUGCGCGACAUUCUUCGAUCAGUAGGAAAAAUCCCAUUACCAACCGCUGAGAAAGUGAUGAAGACGUUGGCCCGCAAGAAACGCUACGUCGUAGAAUCAUGGUCGUAG